CCAAAGUUCCAGAAUUCUACGUUCUUCUAAUAAAAACCCUAACACCCUCUCGUUUUAGACCAUCAGAGACCAUUCUUCGAAGUUCAAGCAUCAUAUUCAACAAUCAAAUGAUUCAAAUCUAAUACUUUCGCAUUCUCAGAAACCAUAUGGCACUGAUUCCGAGCUUCUUUGGCAACUAACGCAGCAGUAUCUUCGAUCCCUUCUCUCUGGAUGUUUGGGAUCCAUUUAAGGACUUUUCUUCACCUUAAAGUCUUAAAAACCCGUUUGGUAUCUCUAAUUGCCAAGGUAUCUGCAAUUGCUAUCUCAGCCCGGCUUUUUAUCUUCAAACCCUAAAAUUUGCCCAAGCUAAAAUCCAACACUUUAUGGUAUCUCCAAUUACUAUCAACUAUAUUUCCCUCUAUUGAAUCGGGUCUUCUCUCUAACUUUAAGAACAAUGCUGCCUAGACGAAUUCAAAGCCUUGUGAAUUUGCAUGAUUUGAUUAUGCAAAAUUCUAAUGCAAACAUUAUUGGUAUAAAUAAGUUAAAGCAUCCAUGUGGUAUGUACUCUACUGGAUCGAUCCGCCCAGAGUUCCCAAGGAAGCUAAAGAAAAAUGAGCGGAAACCAUUGGUCACAAGUAUUAAUGAACUUAAGCGUUUAGCUAGAAGGGAAAAGAAACAGCGGCAGAUGGUGAAAGAGAAGAUUCUACGGCCUCCAGAAAAUGGAUUGUUGGUCAAGGAAUUGAUACCAAUUGCUCAUGAAGUUUAUGCAGCCAGAACUGAAUUAUUUGCUUCUGUUUCAAAGAUUGUUGAGAGUAUCUCCAUAUAUACAUGCAGCUUGUGUGGAGAAGUUCAUGUUGGUCAUCCACCGCAUAAGAUCAGAACAUGCAACGUUGCAGGUAGCCCAGCAAACAAAGAACACACUUGGAGUAUUGGGGAUAUGAAGCAUGUUUUGCCUCUUGUGGAAUCUUUUCAUCUAUAUGACAGGGCAGGGAGAGCUGUUUCUCAUAAUGAGAGGCUUGAAGUGGAUCAGAUUCCAGCAGUUGUUGAAUUGUGCAUCCAAGCAGGCAUUGACAUCCCUGAGUACCCUACUAGGAGAAGGAUUUUUCCUGCUUACGAUAUUGCGGGUAAAGUUAUUGAUUUUGAGAAAAGGUUCCCAAAAGAAGUUGCAACUGGCAAAGGCAUAGACACGUGGAUUUUGGGGUAAGAGAAAGAAGUCAAGUGAAGAAAACAGGCAUGGGAGAGAAUGCGGUCAGGAGCAUCCAAACUCAUGCAGAAGUAUGCUGUCCAAACCUGUGGAUACUGUUCAGAGGUCCAAGUGGGGCCUAAGGGUCACAGAGUGAGGAAUUGCCAAGCUUAUAAGCACCAGAUGAGGGAUGGGCAACAUGCAUGGCAGGAGGCAACAGUUGAUGAUUUGGUUCCUCCAGUGUAUGUAUGGCAUGUUCAGGAUCUAACAAGUGGCAAACAAUUGGUUAAUGAUUUGAAGAGAUACUAUGGUAUGUUGCCUGCUGUAGUGGAACUGUUUGCUCAGGCUGGUGCAAAAGUAACUGAUGAUUAUGCUGGCAUAAUGAGGGACGAUGUUGCAGUGCCUGAGUUGGAUGAAGAGAAGUGGGUUGUCUAAAGUUGAUUGGAUCAGAUUGGUUGAAGCAUCAAACUCAGCAAUCAAAUCUAAUACUCUCGGCAUUCUCAGAAACCAUAUGGCACUGAUUCCGAGCUUCUUCGGCAACCAACAUCGCAAUAUUUGUUAUUCCUAUGAUAAAUCAUCGAUUCAAUUAGUUGACGGGAAUGAAUGUUCCAGUAUUCUGCUUGACAUUUAAAAGAGGCCUAGAAGAGAUAGAAGUAAAAACAUGAACACCAGGCAAAAUCAGGAUAACAAAAAAAAAAAAAAAAAAAAAAAUCCUGAACAUUGCCGUCCAAGAAAGCUGCAUUAUCUUUUGAUUCUGUCUGUUUUAAAGACAAAAGUUCAAAUAAAGGAGUGGCUAAAAUUAACAAUACCUUUGGCAGUUUCUACAUAUGUAGCUAUCCUAGAAAUUUUAUUGAUUGCCAUUACUUGUUUGAGGCUAAAUUUCAAGUAGCUGCAGAGAAAAAUCUCCCUGAAAAAAAGAAAAAACAGAAGAAGAAAG